AUGGUAGCCCCUGUGCGAGCCGUUCCUAAUGCUGCCAAGCGGGCCACCAGCCUCCUCCGCACAAUCCAGUACACUCACCCGCCGUCAUGUCCCUGCCACUCCAACCCGGGAUAUCACAAGGCGCCGCCCAGCAUCGUGCCGCGCGCCCGCGACUUUGCCCACCGGCGCUACGCCACGCCCACCGCCAACAAUGAGGUCCAAAAGGAGUACGCAUUCGAGAUGGCUGCCUCGUCCAUCCGAUUCGGCCCGGGCGUCACCCAGGAGGUCGGCAUGGACCUCAAGAACAUGGGCUCCCGCAAGGUCGCCGUCGUGACGGAUCCCACCGUCGACAAGCUCGACGCCAUGCGCCAGGUCCGCGAGGCGCUCACCCGCGAGGGCAUCAACUUUGAAGUCUUCUCCAACGUGAGGAUAGAGCCCAAGGACAGCUCAAUCAAGGACGCCAUCGCCUGGGCUCGUCCACGCGAGCCUGAUGCCUUCCUCGCAGUCGGCGGUGGCUCAGUCAUGGAUACGGCCAAGCUCAUGAACUUGUACACGGCGUACCCGGACGCCGACUUCCUCGACUUUGUCAACGCGCCGCUCGGCAAGGGCCGCCCCGUUGACAAGCCGCUCAAGCCGCUCAUCGCGGUGCCCACCACCGCCGGCACCGGUAGUGAGACUACCGGCACUGCCAUCUUCGACCUCGUCUCCAAGCGCGCCAAGACGGGCGUCGCCCACCGCAACCUCAAGCCCACGCUCGGCAUCUGUGAUCCCAUCAACACGCGCACCAUGCCGGCCGCCGUCAAGGCUGCUUCCGGACUCGAUGUCCUGUGCCACUCGCUUGAGUCGUGGACCGCGAUCCCGUACAACGAGCGUACGCCCCGCCCGCCCAACCCCAUCAUGCGUCCGGCCUACCAGGGCGCCAACCCCAUCUCCGACGUCUUCUCUUUCCACGCCCUGCGAAGCACCGUCAAGUACCUGCCUCGCGCGGUCAAGAACCCGGACGACUUUGAGGCACAGAGCGAGAUGCUCCUCGCCGCCACGCUGGCUGGUGUAGGCUUCGGCAACGCAGGCGUUCACUUGUGCCACGGCAUGUCUUAUCCCAUUUCUGGCCAGAACCCAGGCUACAGGCACGCCGGCUACGACGUCCCCGCGCCCCUGAUUCCCCACGGCGUAUCCGUCGCCGUGUCCGCUCCUGCUGUGUUCCGCUUCACCGCCGCCUCCAACCCCGACCGGCAUUUGCAGGCCGCCGAAGCGUUCGGAGUCGACAUUUCCAACGUGAAGAGGGAGAGUGCUGGUGAGGUCCUGGCUGAGGCCAUCACCAAGUUCCUCGCUGAAUUGGGCGACCAGCCCAAGGGCCUAAAGGAUCUCGGAUUCGGGACGGAGCACAUCGAGGCCCUCGUGGAGGGCACCAUCCCGCAGGCGCGCGUGCUGAUGCUGGCGCCUGGCUUGUCGAAAGAGCUCGAGGCCGAGAAGGACCAGCUGCGUAAGCUGUUUGAGAAUGCCAUGAGCCACUAA